AUGGCCUCUGCUGUCGUCGGAGAAGAACCACCAGCCAAGCGACAGCGCGUGGAUGAUGUCCCCGCUAUUGAAGGCAAAGCUUCAGCAAGACGCAAGUUAGCAGAGGCAGGAUUCGACCCAGAUGAUUGCGUCACCGCCCAAGAUUCCAUCGACGGGAUGACGCCGGCGGCGCACCCAGCAUCGUGUCAUUCCGUCACACCCAUGUCUUAUUUCUGCGACAUCGGAGACCUGCCCAUGUGCCGGUACAUUCUUCUCCAUGGUGGAGUGACCAAGAGAACUCUUGGAGAGUUUUGGUUUCCAUUGUACACAUCAAUUUGCCGUCGCCAUUUGGACAUUGCCCGGUGGUUGUUUCAGAAUGGGGCUUGGGUCGAUGUUCACACAAAGAAUUUGAAUGGCAGGAGCCCCUUUGCUCUCUGCUGGGAUGAAUUUGAUGACAAUCAAGUGGAAAUGGGAAAAUGGUUCUUGGUGAAUGGAGCCCUAAAAGAUUUGGAGGCAAGCUCUUUGGCAGGGCUUCUGCGAGAUCGUGUGGGCGGGGUAGAUUUUAGGCCUCAGCUACUCUGCUGGUCACAGGUCGAGCAGAUUAAACAUGACAGCUUUCAAGCAUUCCUUAUGGGAACUUUUGUUGUUCCAGAGUUUUCCGCUCAUGCACUCUCCACCAAACUGGUGGCAAAGCUUGGCUCCGAGGAAGCUGCUGAUAUUGUCGUUGAGAGUCUUGGCAAGCCAAAAGGUGAGAGGUUGUGGACAAAAUUGACGGCACAUCACAAGGAGUCCCCUGUUCAGAAGAUUAGUGGGAAUUUUGGUGCUCUGAAGUGCAUUGCAGAGUUUGUGGGAGGUGUCCUUGGUGUGAACAAGAAACAGAUUGAACGUCACCGCCGCCUGACUGAGAUGUUGUCAAUAAGUUUGAGAGAAGUCGUCCCAUCGUACGAUUCAGACGAUAGUGAUGAAGGCUAUGGGGAUGAUGAUGGCGAUGAUGAUGGCGACUACUAA